CGGGAAUUAGGCCCAGGAGGGAUCUUCCUUGGUUGGCCAGACAAGGUGAAGGCUGUCAGGGCUCUUAAUCCCCCACUGAUGAACUCACAGCCAACACUUACUUGAGUCUCUACUGUGAGCCCUCUUACGUCUGGCUCAGAAAACUGAAGUGAAUCAAAAAGUCAUAGCCCCUGCCCUGUGAACCUUACAGUAAGAAAGACUAUCCAGAACAGUAAGUAAUUGUGAGUGCAAAAGAGAAGUGCUGGGUGCCACGGAGCCUCUAUGGGAUUUUGUGGAAGCAGAGUGAUGGACUGGGAAAUGCAAUGUUUAGGCUAAAGCCAGAAAGAGAGCCAGCGUCAGGCGAAGAUUUAGUCUUCUCGGUACAGAAUGUUCAGGGGUCGCGGGGCGGGCAGGCCCCAGCAUGCUCCAGGAACUGAGUGUCAGGACAGCGGGAGAGCACAGGACGAGUGGGCAGGGUGGCGACGGAGGAAACGAUGAGAAGGUUCCGCAGUACAACUCCUUGCAGAAAGCCUUCCGAGGUUAACCCUACUCCGCCUGGAGUCUUUGCCCAUCUGGUCCCAAGUCGGGCCCACUUGAAUGGGACCCUUCUGGGCUGCCUGGCCCCAGGAGCGACGCCCACGGCAGCCACUCUAACUUCUGGGGGCAAGUAAGCAGCGAGGGGUGGCCCGUGGUCGUCGUACAGGCACACCCUUCCUGGGCUGCCGACCUUGCACCUUGCAACGCGGACAGCGGGCACCGAGACCUCCCCGGACGGCCGCAACUCUCUGCAGUCUAGGCUUGCAAGCGUCGGGACGCGAAAAACUACACUCCCCACAACGCCUUGCGCCUCCCGCUCGCUGCGGUUCCUUAGGGCCAAUCGGGAGAGGCAGCUGUGGCGGGGGCCGAGGAGGGACAUUUUAAAAGGGCCGGAGAUUGCGGGCGUCAGUGGCCAUGGCGGAUACAGCGACUACAGCAUCGGCGGCGGCGGCGGCUAGUGCUGCUAACGCCUCGAGCGAUGCACCUCCUUUCCAACUGGGCAAACCCCGCUUCCAGCAGACAUCCUUCUAUGGCCGCUUCAGGCACUUUUUGGAUAUCAUCGACCCUCGCACACUCUUUGUCACUGAGAGACGUCUCAGAGAGGCUGUGCAGCUGCUGGAGGACUAUAAGCACGGGACUCUGCGCCCAGGAGUCACCAAUGAACAGCUCUGGAGUGCACAGAAAAUCAAGCAGGCUAUUCUACACCCGGACACCAAUGAAAAGAUCUUCAUGCCCUUUAGAAUGUCAGGUUACAUUCCUUUUGGGACGCCAAUUGUAGUCGGUCUUCUCUUGCCCAACCAGACACUGGCAUCCACUGUCUUCUGGCAGUGGCUGAACCAGAGCCACAAUGCCUGUGUCAACUAUGCAAACCGCAAUGCAACCAAGCCUUCACCUGUAUCCAAGUUCAUCCAGGGCUACCUGGGAGCUGUCAUCAGUGCCGUCUCCAUUGCUGUGGGCCUUAAUGUCCUGGUUCAGAAAGCCAACAAGUUCACCCCAGCCACCCGCCUUCUCAUCCAGAGGUUUGUGCCGUUCCCUGCUGUAGGCCCUGCUGGAGACGGCGCUGACGCGAGUGGUCCUGCCCAUGCCCAUCCUGGUGCUACCCCCGAUCGUCAUGUCCAUGCUGGAGAAAAUGUCAUCUCCAUGAGGCACGUCCAUCUUUUUGUUCACUGCCCUGCCCAGCAUCUAGCACAGUUCCUGCCACAGAGUAGAUGCUCAGACGUCUCUCCUGCAGGCGCGCCCCCGGCUGCUCCUCCCUGUGCAAAGCCUCGUGUGCCUGGCAGCCUUCGGCCUGGCCCUGCCGCUGGCCAUCAGCCUCUUCCCACAGAUGUCAGAGAUUGAAACAUCCCAGUUAGAGCCGGAGAUAGCCCAGGCCACGAGCAGCCGGACAGUGGUGUACAACAAGGGGCUGUGAGUGUGGUCAGCAGCCUGGGGCUGGAGCACUGUGCAGCCGGGGAGCUGAGGGGCAGGGCUGUAGACUCACGGCUGCACCUGCAGGGAGCAGCACGCCGACCCCAGCAGUCCUGGGCCCCCUGGGAGAGUGCUUCACCUGCAGUGGAGGGAGACUGACCAUUCACAUUUUAACAUAGGGAGAGGAGUUCUAACACAUUUCCUACAAAAAAAUAAUCAAGUGCAUUUCUGGGCCUUAUGUGGGGUUGUCAGAACUCCACUCAGCACAAUUAUGUGUGAAGCUGACAAAUCGUAGAGUGCCCAUGGGGUAGAAUUAGAAUCCUUUUAUACUUUGGUUUCUUUUUUAUUUUUAUUUUUUAUCAGAAUCAAAUCUGAGCCUUAGUUUCAGCUGACCAGAAGCGGCAGGAGGACAGGUCGGGGGAGCCAGAUUAGGCCUGGAGUUGGGUUGGUUUGGUGGCCAGGCUGGUAAAUUUAGGAUAUUACAAUGACCAGCCCAGAUGACUCCCUGGGCUGGCGAGGGGAGGGGAGAGAAGGUGGUCUGCACCCCACAGGAUGAACUAGCCGUGACUAGGGUCCUCAGGAAGUGGCCCAGGGAAUCAGGGAGCACUGGAGUCCUCUGCAAGAUUCUGUGGGCAGCUGGCUCUGAAUGUAGCCAGGCCACAUCCAUUCCAGAGCUGCAGAACCAGUCCCUCUGAGUGAAACCGGGUGACCCUGGAGCUAGAGUCCCCCUUUGUGGAGCUCUCACUGACUCAGGGCCCCUGAAGCAACCCCAGCUCCAGGCAGGAAGCACCAAGAAGGAAUGGUGCUUGGCAGGAACCGUGGACCUGCGCUUGGCUUCUUCAAGACCCUCCUUCCAGGCCCCAGGCUGGAUGCUGGGCACCGGGGCUGAGAGUGGGGCUGGAACUGGGCUGGCUGCCUUAUGGGGAGCUUCUUCAGCCACCAAGGCUGCCUGCCCCAUCCCAUCCCUUUCUAAGCAGGAAGGUCUCAUGCCUGAGAACGCCUAGGCCAGCUCCUUAGACACCUAUCAGCGAAGCAGCGUCAACCGAGGAGCAGUGGGUCCUGGCUCUGGCACUAAAUGGCAUUGAGAUGUUGGACAAGUUCAUUCCCUUCUCUGAGCCUCCACUCCCUGUCUGAAACCAGAAGACUGGAUCAAGGGGUUCCCACUGGCUCCUCCAGCAAGACCUCAUCUUUGCCUGUCCUGCUCAGAUGCUGGUCAUCCUGCACAUGUCCCCAGUGUGGACUCUGGACUGAGAAGGGCGCAGGCCCCUUUGGACCAGCAGUUGGCCUCAGAACCUGGACCUUCCCUUCUGUAUGUGACCCCGUAUCCCGGGAGCAGUUGGCCUUUGCCAAACACUUUACAGUUCUGGAGAAGGAGGUAACAUAGAUGCCUGGGCCUGAUGGUGGGGCCAUACCUGCGUGUCGCCUCUCACUCUGCAGCCUCAGAGGCCCCUUGCUGCUGGCUCCCAUCUCCCUGCCACUUGCAGACCAGGAAGGAAGAGCAAGCUGUACAGAGGGAGGCAGAGCGUGGGGAGGGUGUGAGCAGGGUGACACCUCAUCUGAAAGGCCCAAACCAGGGGGAAGCUCCAGCCUCAGUGCAGCCCCCUCCUGACCCCACCUAGUAUGGAAGCCUCCACCUGCAGCCCUGAGCCUCCCUCCCCUGGGGACUCCACCUCAGGGGAGAUUUAGGCCAGAGGUGAACAUUCAUGUGUAGGAAGAGGCUGGUGCAGGGCGGCAACUUAGGGCAGCGGAAGUAUGCUGAGGCGGGUCUUCUGUGGGUAUGGCCGUUGCCUCCGCCAGCCCCUGGUGCCCACCAGCUGGCUCUGCAGCACAUUGCCCCGAGGGGCCUGCCACUCUCCUGAGGAGUAGCCCACCUGCUGCCCGUAAGGAGGGGGACAAACCUGGAGGACAAAACAGCGGGGGAGUGGAGGUGCCACGGUGUUGGAGGGCCAGGCCUUUUUGAGCCAAUCACACCAUGAUGUGAAUAUGCCAGUGACUGCUGCACUGUGCGGGUCUCUAGGCCUGGACUAGGGCUGGCAUGUCUGGGUCCUCUUUUGAAAAGCUCACUUCAGGCUCACCCUGCUCCUACCUAUCAUAGGCUCUUAUCCUCGUGCACUUUAUCUUGGGACCAAAACUGCCUCCCCACCGCCCCUCCCCACCCUGCGCCUGCCGGAGGCCUGGCAGAGGUGGGUGCCCUAGCCCAGCCUGUGGCCUCAGCAUCUCAUAAUUUAUUUGCUUUGUCUCCUGGAUGAUUUCUGUCAUGCUCCCAAAUGCAGCUUCAGGUGAGCCGAGGGGUCUGCUCCUGUGGCGGUGCAGUGGCAAAGGAUCCAGAUAGCCCAGGGUGAGAGUGACAGAGGGACAGUGGGCUAUGCCAGUAGGCCCUGGUCUGGCUUUGGAAAGCCCCAUGAGGGGAAACCUUCACCCAGCACCCAUGCCCCACUCUGCUGAAGCCAGAGGAAGGGAGACCUGAGGGGCAGAUUGGUUCAUGCCUGGACCCACAGUCAGGGCAGGGCUGGCCAGCUGUGCCGGAACACAACCCACACCUGCAGUGGUUCUCCAUCCCUGGUGUCCCUGCCUGGCCCUCCGCUGAUCACUUCAAACAUUCCCUCAGGCUUGGGGAUGCCCUUCUUCCAUUUCCAGACAGCAAUGUGAGGGGGCAGGGACCAAGAUGUCAAGCUGGCCAUGGAGUCAAGCUGGUCGACAGACCCCUUUCACUCCUGGUUAUGAGCCAACUUGUUUCGUGUUCUGGCCUCUGGCCUGGGAGAAGGGCAGGAGCCUAGAGAAGGAAAAAGGCCCGUAGACAGACCCAGGGUGAUGUUCAAGCCUGGCCUAGUGAGAGUGAGGCCCCCGCACGCAAGCCUCAGCCACUCCCAGGGGCCUUUGCAGUGUCUUUUUAACCUUCUCAGAAAAUUUCUCAAUCUAUGUGAUUUGUGUAAUACUAAUGAGCUUUGGGCAAUAAAUACAGGAUUUCAAGCGUCA